AUGGCCGACUCCACCGGUGGCCGCAGGCCAACAUACCCUGCCGGGACAAUUGCGAAAGUGUCUACCGAUAUUCUGAAUGAGAUGUUCGGCAACAUCAUCCACGAUCUCGUCGCAAAGGUUCAUCGCGAGGAGAAGACGGCCCGGAUGCGGUCCGCGGUAGUUGUCGCGAGACAGAAAGCGGAGGACCAGGCGAUCAUGCCCGACGAGACUCCCAGCAAGACCUCCACCGAUAUCAAGAAAGAAGUGAUCCUCGAUACCAAGAAGCUGUCGACCAUGCGCAUGGAGACCGACGCAGCCACUUUCGACCGUGGCAAAGUCUUCCUCAAGGGCAACCCCCUGCACACCGUCAAGGAGCUCGUAUGCCCUGAGUGCCGUUUGCCUCAGCUCAUGUACCCCAGCACUGGGGCUAUGUCCCGACCUCCCCCCGACUCGGAUUGCGAAUACUGUGCCAACGGACCAAUGAUCACACUGCCGGGCCACGAUGUCCACGGCAAGCUCUUUGCUAUCAUGCCCAACCCCAAGAAGAAGAAGGGUGACCGCGACAGCACCAUUCCCGAGAUUCCCACUACCAAAUGCCCUCUUUGUCCCCGUUACUUUGUCAUGAACCGCCUUGCACAGCACCUCGACCGUUGCAUGAACAUCUCCGGUCGCGGAACCAGCAUGCGCAACAAAACACCAACAGCCGACAGCAAUGGAAAUAGUCCCACAUCCUCAGCACCGAAGCGCGCACACGCAGAUGAAGAUGACGGAAGCCCCAGCCCAACCAAGAAGAAAAAGCCCAACGGACCCAAGAAAGGCUCCAGCAACAAGCCAGGUCCGAGCAAGCUUAAGCAAUCCUUCACAGCUGAAGACAACGACGACGAUAUUAAGAGCGAAAACGCCGACUGA